GAUACAUUCAAAGAGUGAGAGUGAUCGGGAAACAUGGCUCAGUGGGAAAUUAAGGAUAAAACCAUUAUUGUCACCGGGGGAGCUUCCGGGUUGGGAGCUGAAUAUACUAAGGCUUUCCUUGAGAAUGGAGCUAAAAGUGUAGCUAUCCUGGAUAUUGCUGAAAAAGUUGGCAAAGACACAGAGGAGCGUCUGAACAAAGCCUAUGGCAACAAGGUGGUGUUCAUCAAAUGCGAUGUUAGCAAGGAGGAUGAAAUCAAGAAGGCAUUUGAUGCCGUAGUGGCCAAGUUUAAGAAAGUUGAUGUCAUCGUGAACAAUGCUGGCAUUAUGAACGACAACCCACAAAUGUGGAGAGUUGCUUGUGAUGUUAAUUACCAAGGAUUAGUUUCGUUGACCCUGAAAGGUAUCCAGCACAUGAGGAAAGACGAAGGUGGAGCUGGUGGAACUAUCAUCAACAUUUCUUCUACGGCUGGUAUCAACAGAGUCGACUCCUUGGCUAUUUAUUGCGGAGCGAAAGCCGCUGUCAUGCAUUUCAGUCAAUGUUUGGCGAUGGGUUCAUUUUUCGAAGACACGGGCAUUAGAGUUCUGACAUUAUGCCCAGGACCAACAGAUACUCCCUUGCUGCACAAUUUGGAAGUCAGGGGCUUGGACCAAAGCCGCGGCAAGGCCUUAGCUGCUGUCAAAGAUUUGGAUGUGGUAUUCCAAGAUGUCAAAUCUGCUGUUACCGCUUUCAUUGAGAUGUUCAAAACCGGCGCUCCUGGGACAAUUUGGUUGACUGUUGACAAUAAACCAGUCCAGAACAUCACUUCAGUUAUAGAUAAUGCUUUCAAAUCUAUCGAAAGGGUCGUUGAAGGACAUUAAUAGUUAAUAGAAGGAGAUGCUUAUUAUUUAAUUAAAUGAAGAUGGUAUUGCAA